UUAUCAAAAUAAAAAAGAAGAUAAAAUGAGAUAUUAAAUAUAUAAUAUUGUAAGAUAUAUAUGUGAAGAAAGUAAUUAAACUUCAAACGCUGUUAUCAGUUAAGAAUAUUGUUCUAAUUCCCGUUUUCCACGCAGUGUACGAGUGUCAUUAUAACGUUCUUUUUACAAGCUAUAACGUAUUGUGCGCACACCGACAUGACCCAUAGAUUGUAUGCGUCCGGCGUCGCGAGACUAUCACUUCAUUUCUAGCUAUACCACGGCACGGUUAUGUCCGUAGAAUCUUUCAUCAUGAAUUAUUUAUAAUAUUAAUUUUAUUAUAAUAUUGUUGUGCAUGGAUUACAGUCAGCUGUGCUGACACAAAUAUUUAAUCUUUAAUAUUAUUAAUUUCUGACAUCAUAUUCUAAUAGAUACAAAUAAUUUUAUAAUAAAAUUGUUAGUCUAAAAGCAAAUAUCUCUCUACUACCAUAAAUAUAUAAUAAGCUGUUACUUUAUUUUAUUUCCAUCAUUUUAUUUUUAAAAUUGACUUAUAAAUGUGAUAUCAUUAAAUGUAUUGAUUUAUGGAUAUUUAAAAUGUUGCGACGAAUUUCUAUAAUAUUUCUAUAUCUAUUAAAUAAAAAAGAUACAUCUAUUAAAAUCUGACUCUUUUAUCAUAUUGUAUAUUUGUUUUAUUGUCUUUGGUUAUAUUUCCUAUUAUGUAUCAUGGCAUGUAACCCUUUGGUGUUAAUUUAGUUUGGAAUGUAAUAAUUUACCUUAAAGGGGAAGCUGGAGUGGCUACUAAACUCCUUCGUGUCGUCUGUAUUACCGACGGAGUGAAUGAUUUUUUUAAUAGAUCUUUUGAUUAAUUGCGCAGAAUGAAAAAUCCUUUUGCACUAUAUAUAUCAAGAACCUAAUCUUGUGCUCUGUUUUACUCUUGGUCAUGAUUUAAGAAAUGCACAUAUAUGUUCUCAAAAUUUUUAUUCCAACCUAUCUUUUUUACUACACUUCUGAAGUCUCUUUUAAAAGCUUCUUUAUAUUCUUUCCUUCUGUCUUCUUUGUAAUUGGUUCCCAUUUUGUACGUACAACAAACUGCGCACCUUAUUAUAAGCAUAUUAUCAUACGAAGCUAAGCAAGCCACAAGUCGAUAAUAAAACUGAUUUUCGAAAUUUUUUUCCGUUUUUAAAAUUAAGUCCAGGUCAUUAACAAACAUUUUUAUAUGUGUAUUAUUGUAAUUGUGGAAAAGGAUUUGUUGUUAGAAAGUUUUUUCCGUUUUUAAUAAAGUCCAGUCAAUUACAACGCAUUUCUGUGUGUAUGCCAUGGUAAUUGUGGAAAAGGAUUUGUUGUUCUAUGCAGCCAAAAAGAGAAAAAAAUAAAUAAAAGAGAAAAAUACAUGGGCUGCGUUCGGUUUGCACACUUUCGCGAUACCAUAAUCAGUUUAGCUUCUACAUUUUACACUGAUCGUGAAAAAAGGAAGACUGAUAUAUGCUGAUAGCGCGAAAGUGUGACUCAGCCAUGAGUCACACUAACAUGAGCGACACACUCUUCUCAUUUCCUGCUUCAGAAAGUGAUCUUUCCUCAAUCAAUCUACCACGAAUCGCACGUACUGCUUCUCUUGAAAGUCUGUAUAUGGAUUUCGAAACUCGCAGUGAUAUCGAAUGCCUUAAACGGGCCUAAACCAUCACGAAAAAUACGCGGCCUCCUUUGUAAUAAUUUCAAUAAUACUUCGUACAUUCCGUACUUCGUCGAUUGCACGAAGAGUAACCAUUAAAAGCAAAACAAGAGAAAGUUGGACAUGGACAAUCAAAGUGAGGAUGAAGAAACUAAAAAGAAACCAUGCAAAGACAUUUGUAAUUACAGCAUUUCAGAGGAAGAGGGUGGAGACACUGCUGCAGAUUCCUUGGAUAUUAAACCACCACCACGAGCGAUUGUUCGCCAUCAUAAAUCAAGCUCAUCUCAUCAAGGAGAGAAACAUAGCAAUAGAAGAAGUGACAGGGAUGAGAGGGAACGCAGUUCGCAUCAGCAUGAACAUCAUGGACGUAGUGACGCGAACUUAGAGGGGUUUGUGCAUAUAUCUCAGCUACAGACUAGUUCUUUUCAAGAAAACAAACAGUUUUUAUCACGUCUAUACAGAUCAAAAGAAGAGUUUAUAAAUGAGUAUAAAAGGCUUUACUAUGAAAGAGCAAAAUCCGAAGAGCUUUAUCUUCUGAUUUUAACUGAACUAAAAGCAGCAAUGUCAAAUGGUAAUAUUACUAUCUUAAAAAAAUUAAAGGACGUAAUUGAUUACAUGAAUGAAGCAGAAGAUCCAAUAACUUUGAGAAAUUAUUAUGAUCAUGCUAAUAAUCCGAUUAAAAAUACCAAUUUAGUUAUCUUGGCUUGCAAACACAAGAAGGUAAAGGUUCUAGAAUACCUAUUUGACAGUGAUAAUACACUCUUAAAUAAUUUAUCUAUUGAUGUGAAUAUAUUACCCGAUGAUAGAGAUGAGGAAUGUCAUAAUGCGUUUUAUUAUGCUAUACGUUCAAGUAUGAUUGAGCUUCUUAAUACACUUAUCAAUAACUGGCCGGAUAAUUAUUUCGCUGUUCAUUUGGAAGAGUUGGAUGAAAUUCUUUCAAAAGCGUAUGAAGAGUUAAAGUUAAAGAAUGUACCCUUGUCAGACAAAAUGGAAAUUUAUGUUGAAAAUAAGUUAAUAAAUCUGCGUUUCUUCUCUAAUACUUCAAGACAGGACCAAAGUUUCAAGGGGGAUCGUAAUGAUAAAAAAAAUAAAACCGAAGAACGGAUUGAAUUAAUACUUGAAAACAUUAACUUACUAAAGAGAGAUUACGAGAGAAACGCGAAAAAAGUAGAUCAAAGGUUUUUGUUCAUAGCAAAGUUUAUUGCACAAAAUAUUUAUAUAUUAAAACGGCAGUUAAAAUCAACUUAUGAUAGAUUACCUUGGGAAGAAAUAGAAUUCUGUUUAGUCAGUUUUGUUUCUUCUUACGUAAAACAACAAGAGAUCAAUCUAUUUUAUCGUUCUACAUUGAAUAAAAGCAAAAUAUUAAAUCAUUUAGAAAAUUUUACAAAGAAACUUAAAGACGAAAAAGAUAUUAUAGAAGAUGUAAACAUUAACAAAAAUGCUGUUCGUCGAAAGUUAACACGUGAUGAAGUUAUUGCACAGAUUAUUAGCAAUUCCCCUCAAUUUGAAGAGUUGUAUAAUGAUUAUCAACGAAUUAGGGAUAUUCAGUCUUUAAAGAAAAUAAAUGAUUAUAUAAAAUUGGCACUAUUAGCUGAUUCUAAAGAAAAGAAAGGCCAGUUAAUUAUUACAAGGACUUUACAAGUUAUUGGUGAGCAUUUAAAAAACACCUUAGAGUCUCCUAAGUUAUCUAAUACUACAAGUAAGCUUUUGUUGCUCUCAUUACCGAAAUAUACAAGAAAAAUAAUUAUAGAUUUACGUAAUUCGUUAUCACAUGCUGAUUCACUCUUUAAUAGAACAGAGAUUGAGGAUAAUAAAGAUGUUAAUUUUUUUAUUGGUGUUCAAAACGAUAUUAAGAAAGUUAGUGAUGUAAUUACUAAUAUUUUUUACAACAACAAAAUCAAAGUAAUUACAAUACUUUUAAAAAAUAUUAUCAGUAGUGACAAUUUUGAUGAAAUAAAAGAGCUUGUAGAAAUGCUUCGUACUGUUAAAUUGGAUGAUAUAAUUUCGGAAGAUUUUAAAAUGAUAGAACGCGAAAAGCUUGAAAAUCUCAUUAAAGAAUUAAGCGAUAAUAUAACUGAUAAGACAGAUUAUGAACAGGAGUUGUUCAAUAAAAUUAAUAAUAUAAUCAAUUCAGCAGAUAUCCUAUCAAAAAAUUACAUUAUAGGAUUUCUAUCAUUAAAGAGUUUACGUACUUUCUUGAAUGAAAGAGUGAUUAACCACAAUAUUGUUAAGGACCUAAAAUUCCGUGUUAAUAUAAUAUUAGAGCAGAUAGCUCUAAAAAUAGAUUCUUAUAAUCUUAAAGAUAUUGUUAUGUUGAUACUGAAAAUUUUUUAUAGUGUUGAGUCGAGAAUACAAUGCGACAAACUUGAUGAACUGAACAGAUUAAUCUAUGAAAUUGUUUUUAUUGUUGAAUUUGUAAUAGACGACAUUGAAUGGAUUAAAAAAUUAAAAAGCGAGUUGAAUAAAAAACGUUUGUUUAGUCCUUCGUAUAAACAAGAAAAAACUUACGAUACAGAAAAAACAUAUGAUAACCAACUUGCACUAAAACUAUCUGAAUUGAAAAAUAUUUUAAGCGAUAACAUAUUAAGUGGCCAAUUAACUAAAACAUUCCCUUGUUAUAAGAACGAUAAAAAAUUACAAGCAGUAGUAGAAAUGCUUGUUUUGGAUAUAAUGUCAAUUUUGGGCUCAAAGAAUUUUGACCUACUAGAAAAUAAUCUACUAUUUUUAGAUGAAAAUACUCCUUUACUAAAUGGAAGAUGUUUACGUAAUCAUUUAGCGCAUGAUAAUGCAUUAGUUGAUAUAUUAUUAUCUGAUCCUUCAACAACAGUUAUUUUAAACGCUAAAAAACUUAUUGAAGAAAAUAUAAUGAGAAGUAACAAAAAAAUUGGCAAAUUAGUGAGUGAUGAUUCUUCCAAAUUGAGAGAGAAAUACGAUCAAGGCUUAAUUACCGUUACUAAUCAGGAAACAAUGUUCGAUGCUUUGCAAGAAGGAAAUUUCGAAAGCUUAAAAGAUUGCCUCAGAAAAGGAGCAGAUAUCAAUGCUAGAAGUAUUCACUUAUGGUCCACAUUGCAUUUUGCUGCUAAGGGACCUAGUCUUGAAGUUAUAAAAUUCAUCCUUGAUCAAAAUUUGCUUAAUGUUAAGGAUAUUAAGGAUAUCAAAGGCCAAAGUCCACUGCACGUUGCUGCUGCACAUGGAAGGAAAAAUAUUGUGAACUUUUUCGUAAAAGAAGCAGGUUUAUAUGUUGAUGAUCCAGAUAAUAAGGGCAAAACACCACUACACAUUGCAGCUCAAAAUGGUCACAAGGAUACUGUCGAGAUUCUAUUAGAAAAUAAAGCUAAUACUGUUACCCAAGAUGUAAUCGGUCUUUCAUCUUUACAUUAUGCAAUAAGAAACAAUCAUGUUGACGUUGCUAAGAUUAUACUAGCAAAAGAUAAAAAUGUUGACAUUAAUGAGUCUAGUGGUGGAUUUACUCCAUUGCAUGAAGCUGCAGAAAUGGGUCACUUGGAGUUAGUUAAUUUCUUACUUGAACAUGAGGCAAAUUUUAACGCUAGAAAUGAUAAAGAUUGGACACCAUUACAUGCGGCAGCCAUCAACGGCCAUCUGGAAAUAGUGGAGGCUUUAAUUCUGAAGGGAGCUGAUGUUAACGCUAGAGUUAUCAAUGGUCAAACACCAUUACAUCAUGCAGUAGAAUUCGGUCAUGAGAAGAUAGCUAGAACUCUAUUGGAACGUGGAGCUAAUGUUAAUGCUAUUGACAAACCCUAUAAUAAUGCAGCUUUACACUAUGCGGCAAAAGAUGGGCACGAGGGAAUCGUUAAGACUUUACUGGAAUAUAAAGCUGACCCUAGUAUUAACACUUUUCAAGAUGUAACUCCACUACAUUUGGCAGUACAGAAUGGCCACUUGGAAAUAGUAACUAUUCUCCUGAACCAUAGUGUCGACAUUAAUGCUAAAGAUAAAAAUAACUAUUUUACACCAUUACACUAUGCAGUACAUAGUGGUCACGAGACAGUUGUUGAACUUUUAUUGGAAAAGGGAGCAGAAGUAAAUGCUAAAACUAAUAUUAAUGUAACACCACUACAUGUAGCGACUGUAAAAGGGUAUCAAAAUAUUACUGAUCUUCUGAUAAAAAAUAAAGCUCGAAUUAAUGCUCAAGACAUAUACGGUAAUACACCCCUACAUACAGCUGCUUCGAACGGUUGCAUAGAUGUUAUUGAACUUCUAAUAAAAAAGAAAGCUGAAGUAAAUGCUAGAAGGAAUGACGGCAUUACACCAUUGCAUGUAGCUACUCUAAGUAACCAUAUAGAUGCUAUUACUUUUUUAAUAGACAAUGAUGUCGAAGUCAGUGCUAAUGCAAAAGAUGGUGCUACACCGUUACAUUUAGCUGUCCUAAAUGAAGGCAACAUAAAUAUUGUUGAUCUCCUAUUAAGAAAUAAAGCCGAAGUCAAUGUAAAAAAUAUUGCAGACAGAACACCAUUACAUAUUGCUGUGGGAGCAGGUCAUAAAGAAAUCAUUAAGCUUUUGAUAGCACACGGGGCUAAUAUUAACGUCAGGGCUAAUAUUAACGUCGGAGCUAAUAUUAACAACCACUAUGUGACACCAUUGCUUUCUGCAGUUACACAUAAUAACAAGGAAAUCGUAGAACUUCUUCUAGAAAAUCAAGCUGACACAGAAGACAGUAAACCUUUAUUGCAAGCAGCGCUUCUUGGCCAUAAAGAUAUUAUAGAAAUUUUGUUAAAAUAUGAAGCUCACGUUGACAUAAAAGAUUCUAAAGACUUUACUCCAUUACAUCUAGCUGCCAUAAGAGGUCAUAAGGAGAUAGUAAACAUCUUGAUAAGAAAAGUUGACAUUGAUGCCAGAAAUAUUAAUGGUAUGACACCAUUAUAUCUUGCAGCACAAGAGGGUCAUAAGGUAAUUGUUGAGAUUUUAAUAGCACGUGGAGCUAACGUCAGCAUUCAAUCUAACAAAGGAGCAACACCAUUACAUGCAGCAGCCGUAAAUGGUCACAGUAAUGUUGUAAAAGUCUUACUAAAUAGUACAUUAAAUAUUAAUAUUAAAGAUAAUGAGAAUAGAACAUCGUUAGAAUUAGCAGUGGCGCAUGGUCAUUUAGAAGUGGUUAAAACGUUACUUCAAUACGAAAAAAUAGAUAUGAAGGAUAGCGGUAAUUGGACAAUAUUGCACAUUGCUUCCCAGGAAAAUAAGCUAGAAAUGGUAAAAUAUCUAGUAGAUGAAGGAUUUGAUAUUAAUACUAAAACUGCUUUUGGCUAUAAGCCUAUGCACAUUGCAGCUAGAGAAGGUCAUAAAGAUAUUAUAGAGUUUUUCCUUAGUAAGGGAUUAAAUAUUAACGAUCUUGGUGCAGAUAAUCAGACGUUACUGCACUAUGCUACCAAGAAAGGUAAUUUAGCUGUUGUUGAGUAUUUAAUAUCGCAAGAUGCUGAUGUUAAUGCUCAAGAUAUCAAUGGCUUAAGUCCUAUGCAUAUUGCUGCUAGUUUUGGCUAUAAAAACGUGAUUGAAAUUUUACUAAAAAAUGGAGCGGUUUAUAAUCUUGUUGACAAGUCUCAUAAAAAACCAUUAGUAAUGUCUCGUGACAAAAACGUUAUCAAUUUAUUAGCAUCAAUUAAAAACUUAUUUAAGGCCAUAAAACAAAAUAAAUUGCCAGAAGCUGAGAGUUACAUUAAAAUGGGAGCGUUUGUUAAUGCCAAAAAUGUUUAUGGUGGAACACCACUACAUUAUGCUGCAUGGAAAGGAUGUGACGAAAUUGUCAAUGUUCUAUUACAAAAUAGAGCUGAUCCUAAUACAGUUAAUAACAAGGGGUUUACUCCUCUGCAUUAUGCCGCUAAGUUCUCUCACUUAAAAGUUGUGAAAGCCUUAUUAUCUAAUGGUGCAGUGUAUAAUGCGGUCUCUAAUGAUAAUAAAACGCCAUCAGAUUUUACUGUAGAUAAAAAAAUAAUUAGCUUAUUUAAAUUAGUGAGUAAAUCAUUUAAAAACGUUAAAAGUGGCAAGUCUAAAGUUAUUAAUGAUCUUAAUAGAAUAAAAGAUAUUGAUACAAUAAAAGCAAUCAUGGGUGCCCGUAAUGAAGGAAACAAAACGCUAGUAGUGGUCGCAGUACAUAGUAACUUUUCAAAGGUCGAACAAUUGAAAGAGAUAUCACAAGGUGACGUAUCCUUUCAGAUUGCUAAGGCUGUAGCGCUUUCGAAUCAGAGGAAGUGUCAAGAAGCCUUAAAUAUUUUCAAAAGUGCAUUUGAAAAGAGGAAAGAAAUAUUAGGACCAGAUAAUCCUGGCACUUUAGAUAUUCAGGCACAUAUAGCUAAAAUAUUAUACGGACAAGGAUUUUUCCAAGAAGCUUUGAAUACACUUGAGGAAAUUUUUCAGAAACGAAAAGAAGUGCUGGGUUUAAAUGACAAGGACACUUUAAAUACAAGAAGUACAAUUGCUUUAGUGCUACAUAGACUAGGAAAAAAUGAGGAAGCUUCCAAUAUUUAUCAAGUAGUCUAUCCGAAGCAAAAAGAAAUAUUAGGCUCAGAUCACCCGGAUACAUUAAAUACUCAGUUUCACAUGGCACUAGUAUUGAAUGGACAAGGAAAAUUUGAAGAAGCAUUAAAUAUGAAUAGGAUAGUUUUUGAAAAAAGAAAGAACAUGUCAGGUGCGGAAAACGCGGCAUAUGCUGUGCGUGCUCAAAAUAAUAUAGCGAUGGUAUUGUGUAAUCAAGGUAAAUACGCAGAGGCACUGGAGAUUUAUAAAGACGUUUACGAAAAGAAAAAUGUGAUUUUCGGUUUUACUCAUUCUGAUACUUUGAGAACGUUACAUAACAUUGCCGAAGUGCUGUUCCGACAAAAGAAAUAUCAUGAAGCCUUGAAAGUUUACCAAAAGGUUUUAAAUAUUCAAAAAAGUGUUUUGGGACCAAAUCAUUUCGAUACCUUAAGUACUCAAUAUGGGAUAGCAAGUGUAUUUUUCGCUCAAGGCAAAUGGAUUAGUGCACUGAAAGCCUACAAAAAAUGUUCUGAUCAAAUGAAAGCUGUUUUUGGAUAUCAUCCUAAUGUUUUGGAUAUUUUAAACAAGAUAGAAACGAUUAAUUCGAUAUUUAAACUUGAGGGCAGAAAAUCAGAUAUUUUCCAAUGUCUGCAAACGGACAUUAAUAUUGCUGCUAGUAAUGGUGAUAUAGAAAAUGUCCGACGUCUAGUAAAAGAUGGAGCUAAUCCUAAUGAUAAAGAUAUGGAUGGAAGAACAUCGCUACAUUACGCUGUUAACAAUAGACGCAUAGGUGUUCUGAACUUCUUACUAAACGCCGGAGCUGACGUUACUCAAGUUACUAAUAAAGGUAAUACACCAUUACACACUGCUACUUCUAAAGGUUACAAAGAAAUUGUUGAAGUUUUGUUACAACAUGUGAGUCGUGAUAAAUUAAAUAACUUCAUUAAUGCUAAAACCGCUGCUAGCGGCAGUACAUCACUUCACGUUGCAGCGAGUAAUGGUUACUUUGAUAUUGUCAAAUCUUUACUGAAGCAUGGUGCAAUCUAUAACAUUAAGAAUAAGGAAGGUGAGACACCUCUUAAUCUUUCCAAAAACCAGAGUGUUAUUGAUUUACUGCAACUGGUUGAAGAGUUAUUUAAAGAUGCAAAAAAAGGUAAUAUUGAAGGUAUUAACAAGUUAAAGGCAGUGAAACCAGAUGAGUUUCAAGCUGCAAUAAAUGCUUGUAAUGAUCAAGGGAAUACGCUAUUACAAGUUGCUACAGCUAAUAAACACAUGACUACUGCGAAUAAACUGUUAGAAAUGCUAAACAAACUAAAGCAAACUUUAUAAAAUAUUAAUAUAGAAGACGAAGUCAUAGAUUUAAAACUUUAAACGACGUGGAAGUAUAUUUAUAUAGAGCCUAAGUUACCAUAUUUACAUUAAUAUUAACAAUAACUGUGAAUUAGAAAAAUAAUAUCAACUUCUCUUUUUGUAUAAGUUUCCAAUAUUUUAAACUAAAACUGAAUCGCUUCUUAAAUCAUUUCGGUACACAUCACUUACUCUGAAAUUCUUAUUAUAAUUCCCUCUUCAUAUGUUUGUAGAAAGGUCUAGUCAUCUAGGUAAGAGCUAGAUCCUAAUGAUAAUUAAUUAGCAAUAUGACUAAGUCUGUUAUACAAUUUAGACUAGUCAUUGGAAAAUAAAAUUCAAAGUGUGCGUAUGUGUAAGAUAAUUUUUAGUGUUUGGACUAUCUGUAAAAAAUUGGAGACCAUAUUUUCAAAUAUUUUGAAAGGCCAGAAUUUUUAUAGAGCUUGAGGUGUUUUAUAUCUACUUUUAUAUAGCUAUUUUUAUAGUUGGUGUUAUUUUUAUAAUAUUUAUGAAAGUGUGAAUUUCAUAUAUCUUUAUGUAUUAUUACUGAUAAUUUAUUUUUGU